AUGCCCCUGGACUUCACCAAGCACUUCACCGCGGUGCCGACGGAGUUCAAGCCGAGGAACAACAACGGCUGCUCCUGGAGGGUGACGGUGAAGCUGAUGAACGGCAGGGUGACCCUGGAUCAGGGUUGGGCCACCUUUGCCGCCGUUCAUCAGAUCAAGAUCAGCUACAUGGUGACGUUCAAGCUCCUGACUCCCGACACCCUCAAGGUCAUCAUAUUCGACGACGAUGGCAUUGAGGUGGUCAACAAGUGCGGGAAGCAUGACGAAGCCUUCACCGCCAGGGACUAG